AUGGAGCAAAAUAACACUGUUACUGAGUUCAUACUGCUAGGACUGACCCAAGAUCCAAUGAAAAAGAAAAUGGUAUUUGUAAUUUUCUUCAUUUUUUAUUUGGGAACUGUGGUAGGGAAUUUGCUCAUUAUUGUGACCAUCAAGUCCAGCCGCACACUUGGGAGCCCCAUGUACUUUUUCCUAUUUCAUUUGUCCCUUGCUGAUUCCUGCUUCUCAACUUCCACAGCCCCAAGACUAAUUGUGGACUCACUCUCUGCACAAAGAACCAUAUCUUACCAUGAGUGCAUGACCCAAGUCUUUGCAAUACAUUUCUUUGGCUCCAUGGAGGUCUUUGUUCUCAUCCUCAUGGCUAUUGAUCGCUAUGUGGCUAUAUGUAAACCCUUACAUUACCCAACCAUCAUGAGACGGCAGGUUUGCACAAUCCUGAUUGCUCUUGCAUGGGUAGGAGCUUUUAUCCAUUCCAUUACUGAGGUACUGCUGGCCUUGAAAUUGCCUUUCUGUGGGCCCAAUUUGAUUAAUCAUUACUGCUGUGAUUUGCAGCCCUUGCUGAAACUCGCAUGCAUGGACACGUAUAUGAUCAACCUAGAAUGGGUGUCUAACAGUGGGAGCAUUUGCACAGGCAGUUUUGUGUUUCUGAUGAUUUCAUACAUUGUCAUCUUGCAUUCACUGAGAAACCACAGUGCAGAAGGGAGGAGAAAAGCUCUCUCCACCUGCAUUACUCAUAUCAUCGUAGUAGUGAUAUUCUUUGGUCCAUGUAUAUUCAUAUAUGCACGCCCCCCAAGCACUUUCCCUAUGGACAAGAUGGUGUCCGUAUUUUAUACUAUUGGAACCCCUUUCUUCAACCCAUUCAUCUACACUCUUAGGAAUGCAGAAGUGAAAAAUUCCAUGAGAAAGCUAUGCCAUAUCACAACUACCUCAAAAAGCAAGAGAUGA